AUGGCUUACUGCGAACGAUGCCAGCGUUGGUUCGGCAGCGAGCGCGCGCUGCAGCAGCACGAAGAGAAUUCUAGCAUGCACCAUCUUUGCGAUAGCUGCGACAGGGAUUUUGUCUCUGAACACGCUCUCAUUCAACACUAUGUGCAAAGCACACGCCAUCACUAUUGCCAGCGCUGCGAUGAACAUUACUCUUCGCAAGGUAAUCUGGACUCUCAUUUCGAGAGCAGUCACUAUUGGUGCCCCGCCUGCAAUAUGUUCUUCAAGAACGAUAACGGGCUCCACGAACACAGACGCCAGAAGCACUGGUAUUGCAUCGAAUGCAAGCGCGUCUACCAGAGCGAAAGCAACCUGCGCGCUCACCAGCGGUCCUCCGUCCAUCAACAAGCCAACAUUCCCUGCGUCGACACGCGCUGCAACCGAAAGUUCGUCUCCGUUUCCGCGCUCGCGCUGCACCUCGAGUCGGGCACGUGCCCGUCGCGCCUCACUCGCGCGCAGAUCAAUCGCCUUGUCGCGCGUUACGACACGAACAAUGUCAUCACGGAUCCUGCACGGCUCAUUCAGGGUCCCAAUGGGUAUAGCACACUGCAGAGAACGGUAACGGCCUGGGCGACGGAGCGGUCCUGGAACGGGUCUGCAUACGAGUGCUUCCUUUGCCACAAGAUGUACACAACCCUCGCCGUGCUGAACCAGCACCUUGCAAGCCCGGCGCAUGAUGACAAGAUCUAUCGUUGCCCGCGAGCCUACUCGGGCUGCGGUGAGACGUUUAGGGCACUCAGCGCCUUGUGUCAGCACGUCGAAAGCGAGCAAUGUGGCAUUCGCAGGUUCAAUCACUCGAUGCGCAAUGUCCUCGCCGAUCUGUCCACCGGAAUGGCGCGGCUCACAUUCUGA